GAUCAAAGGCAUGAUUCAUCUUGAAGGACGAUGCCGUUCCAACGUUGUUUGAUUUUUCAAGCUACAAAAAAGCAACGAUAAACGCCGUUCCGUCUGCAGGCCUGCAUCAUCAUGGCGAUAACGAACCUUCCACUUCUAGUAGUAGGGCUAGGCCCAUGUUCACUGGAGCGCCAGUGCAAAGUAGAAAAUCUCGAUUGGAAGCAAGGGAAAAACGAACAACACUCUCUGAAGAUUCAUAAAGACAUAGAUUCUGAAAUUAUUGCUGAGCAAAGAGAACGUGCGCAGCAGCAAAACUAUGAACAGCCUGCAAUGGAGACAGAAGAAAAAACCACAUCAUCAAGAUCAACACAAACUGAUCCCAUCACCUUUGCAUGCCCUUCUCCCUGCUGUAAUGUAGCACCGACAUGUUCUGCUCCCUGCUGCAAACCGAGGCUAACUGUUACUCCAGAGAAAUGCGAAGAAUCAUCUUUUGAUUGCAUUUCACCAGGUGAAGACCGAGAUGAUUAUUCAUACAAAACGAGCUCAUCAGAAAGUGAGGAAAGUAGUAGCAGUAGUAGUGACAAUUCAGACAGCAGCAGCAUAACCUUUUCCCCAGAUUCGAAAUACAUUGUUUUUAAUGAAAAUCUUUUGGAAUUAUUUCAAUCAUGUCAGGGGGAUCCAACCUGUACGGCCCCAGUAGCUGAAAUUAGACAACAGGCAAUUGGUAGCUUACUAAUAAUUAAAGGGACAUGCCUGAAUAACCAUGAUUUCACAUAG